UGAGCACUUUCACAUUAAAAAACGGAAUUUAAAGUAACUCUUUAUUCAUAAUAGCAUAUUAAUAGAGCGUCUUCGUCAUGAACAGGUCUAUAAUAGAUGACAAUUGUGAAAUGAAACAACCUCUUCAUCCAAGAUCUAAUGCAAAUAUUUUUGAAAUCAUUACUUAUGGUUGGAUGUUAAACCUGUUCAAAACAGGACGAACCAGAGAUUUAAAUGAAACCGAUUUGUAUACGACAAUGGAUGAUCAGAUAUCAUCAUCAUUAGGCGAUCAAUUGGAAAAGGAAUGGCAUUUAGAAUUGACCAAUGCAUACUCUGAGAAUCGUACACCUAGUCUGCCGAGAGUUUUGAUUAAAAUGUUUGGCUAUAAAUAUAUAUCCAUUGGAUUUUUAUUUGCCAUCAAUGAUAUUAUUGUUAGAGUAUCUGGGCCACUAUUAAUUGGCGGGUUAUUAGCAUAUUUCAACCCCGAUGGUUCCAACAUCACUGAUUUGAGACAUGCAUACAUGUAUGCAUCUGGCAUAGUAUUUGCCUUGUUAAUUGCAAUGAUAUUGCAACAUUCAAGUAUUGAAAGAAACUUGCAAUGUGCGAUGAAGAUGCGAGUUGCAUGCUGUUCUAUCAUAUUUAGAAAGGCAUUGUGUUUAAGUCAGACAUCUCUUGGUCAGACCACUGUCGGUCAAGUAAUAAAUUUGAUAUCGAACGAUGUUAGUCGAUUCGACAUAUCACUGACAUCAAUGCAUUUUAUAUGGAUUGGUCCCCUACAAACAAUUGUGGUCACAUAUUUUUUGUGGCAGGAAAUUGGCGUAUCGUCAUUAAUUGGAGUAUCUGCGUUUUUAUUUUUUAUUCCAUUACAAUUUUUUUUGGGGAAAAAAAUGUCUGAAUAUCGAUCGAAGACAUCCAAAAUUACCGAUGAGAGAAUACGGUUAAUGCAUGAAAUAAUUUCAGGAAUACAAAUAAUCAAAAUGUACACUUGGGAAAAACCUUUUGCAAAACUUAUAGAACAAACCAGAAAAAAGGAAAUUAAACACACUCGAGGCACUUCAUUUCUGGGAGUUUUAAAUUUUGCGUUUCAAGUAGUUCAAACUAGAAUUCAACUGUUCAUCAGUAUUUUAUCAUUCAUGUUACUUGGAAACAAUAUAUCAAUCAGAAAAGUUUUUGUCGUAACUGCAUUUUAUUCUGUAUUGCAACAACCAAUGACGAAGUUAUUCGGUCGAGGCUUAAUGCAAUUAGCUGAACUGAAAAUAACUGUGAAACGCAUACAGAAUUUUAUGUUGCUUGAAGAAAAAGAUAGCAAAAUCCCAAAUCUUUCAAAAUCUACAGUGGAUCCAUUAACAAUUAACGUUGUAGAAUCGGACAUUAACACGGAGAAUAUUAAUAUUAAAGAAAAAACUGGAUGUUUAAAUAGUGUUGGUAUAGUUAUUUCGAACGCUAGUGCAAAGUGGACGGCUGUUCAAACGUGUAAUACUUUAGUGAACAUUAAUUUAAACAUCACACCAGGACAAUUAGUGGCAAUUAUCGGACCAGUAGGAGCCGGAAAAAGUUCAUUAUUACAAGCAGUUUUACGUGAAUUGCCUCUUUCCGUAGGCAAAAUAUCCGUGCGUGGUAAAGUGUCUUAUGCAUCACAGGAACCAUGGCUAUUUGCUGGUACUGUUCAACAAAAUAUACUUUUUGGUUCACCGAUGGACAAAGAGCGUUACAAACAAGUUAUAAGUGUAUGCGCAUUAAUAACAGAUUUUAAACAGUUUCCGCAUGGUGACAGAACUUUGGUGGGAGAAAGAGGAGUUACCCUAAGUGGAGGCCAGAGAGCAAGAAUAAAUGUAGCUAGAGCGAUAUACAAAGAAGCAGAUAUAUAUUUACUGGACGAUCCUUUGUCGGCAGUUGAUACUACAGUUGGCAGGCAUUUGUUUGAUAAAUGCAUCAAAGAUUAUCUCAAAGAAAAAGCAUGCGUUCUUAUUACUCAUCAAGUACAAUACUUAACUGAUGUCGGGAAAAUUAUUCUAAUGGAUAAUGUUAGUAUAAACAAAAGCCGCGCAAUUACACCAGAAAAUCUUAAAUUAUACAUCAAUUGCGCUGGUGAAUAUCUACGGAUAAAAAUACUAAAAUAGUAUACCAACUACCAAAAGAUAAUCACAAUAAACAAUGGUCCUAACUGCUGGGUCAGUACUUGGUACCCUCACCACACCGGUACUGGCACUGAAUACAUCUAUAUUACUUAUUAGUGCAAUUGAGCAUACUGUAUACAAAAUAAUAUAAAUAGUGCAAAUGACGCCCAUAACAAAUAGGUCAAAUUUAAUUACAGAAGGUAAUAAGGUAAUAGGAGCUACAGAUAAAAAAUAUUGGUGUGUUGACAACUUCAAAUUUACUAUGACAUGAUAAUGACAUAUUUUGUUGAUAUAUUAGCUGUAGGGGAAUCUGCCUGGUGUAACUCGCUGAGAAUGGGUACCGAUGGAAGAGAUAGUGUCGUUGAAUUUGCAAAAGAUGCCGGUGUUAAGUCGGACUAUAAGGUUGGUUAAAAGUGAAAACUCAAUGUUUGAGUUUUUGAUAAGGAA